AUGUCAUCAUCUUCUUCUGCGCUUGAGCAUUCAUUCAUUUUGAUAGUCUGUACAGAAGAACUUCCUUAUAUGGCCGAUGGACCUUCAUCAGUGACAACUACCAAUCCCCGAACAUCAUCGAAUCCUUCGUUACCUAUAGAAUAUCAGAUUCGUCCACCGAAUCUUCCAACAGUCCGUGAAUCUCCAUUAACUGGUCUCGGUGCACCGAAAUAUCGACCGCGAUCGAUUUGGUACGAACUUUGGAAAUCUAAACUAGCUUUUAUACUCUUCGCUACCUCAUCUACACUGAUCUAUUACGAUUAUCAACGUACUCAACGUUACAAAGCACAGAAAGCAUUAAACGCAGCUAGCGAAGCAAAAGAAGCACAGAAUAAGAAAUGA